UGUCCUGUUUCUUCUAGCGUAUAGUCAUUGGCAAUUUAACAAUCAUGAACAUAGGUUAUUGAUGUAAACAAUAGCACACAAACCAAUCCACUGAAAUAGUAAAGCAGAUUAAGCGUCUUCGGACUUAUUGGGAUUGAAUAAUGCCGUUUCUCUUUGGAUUAAUAGUUUUGCUGGGAUUAAUUCAUCUUAGCUCUCAAAGCGACAACACAAUUAACUUAGUCUCCGUAGCAACUGAUUGGGAGUCCGCACAAAACAAUUGUAUAAAUGAAACGCGUAUUUUGAUUUCGGAGAUGCCAAGUGUUAUUUCCUUGGCGAAUGUCAAGCCUGGUGACGUCAUCUGGGUUAACGCCAAAGUGACACGGAUAGAAUAUCAUGGCGGUAAAAUGGAGUAUUCAAAGUUAGCCUAUAUGCCAUCGGAGACAUUUCUGGAAAACUGCAUAUGCGUCUCAAAGACAGUUCAUGAUUCAGGUACGAGAACGUGUACCCGAACAAAAACUGCCAUUAACUGGACAGAGGCCCACCAGAAGUGCACAUUUAACGGGGACACGUGGGAUCCAUUACCGAGUCACAGAAUCAAACAAACUCUUGCCAUGUUGGAAAAAGGCCCUUCUGUCUGGCUUUCGAAGUAUCCAAGUCGUAAAAUAGAUGUUUUAGAUGAAACAGUUUCAAAGUGUGUUUGUUUACAACGUUUAGAAGACGGUAGUUUUGUAGAACGUCUCGAUAACUGCUCUAACUCUCACCGUUAUGUGUGUGUCAAAGACCGCGAUAGUCAUGCCCCGACCUUGACCCGUCUUGAAACACUGAUCCCAGAACUGAGCAUAAAUGGUGAUGCAAACGGAGAAAACAUUAGUUCUUUACCAGGAUCAAAUGAAGGCGGUCAGUCGAAAAAGUUGAUUGGCUCUAUUGCCGGAGGAGUAGCGGGAUGUAUCGUGAUCGUGAUUGCCGCCGCCGUGGCCGUUAAUGUUUGCCGACGAUAUCAUCGCAGACGACAGUACCGACAGAGUCUCAGGCGAUACCAGAAUAAACAGUCGAUCAGAAGCACACACACACUUCCACGAGCCUCUUACCUUGACAAGGGACGCUCUAUGACGCUAGACAGCUCAGUCGUACAAGGCAAAAUCAAAUAUGAGGACUGCACUGGCAAGAAGUAUGCCACGUUACAGGGUGAGGUCGCCCGCGAGUGUAAGGGGCGCCUGAACCGCCAGGGUUAUGUCAACGAGAUUGAACCGGAUAUAGACAGUAUAGAGGACCUAGAGAAAUACGAGGAGUUCAGUCCGUCUUGCAAUAACUUUCACACUCUUGAACCUGGUCAAGAAGUGUAUGAAAACAAGCGCCCCAAGAAAGCCUCCAUCCUCGCGGAUGAGAAAACCUUUGACAACAGCGCUGAGGAUGACUGCUAUGUGGAGAAGGGUAAACCUUUUUUAACCAAGAAAACACGUGGUGCUAAACAACAGCCGGAACAGGCAACACCGGUUGGAAAUGAUGACUCUGAAUACGGAAGAGCUAAGUUAAACUAUGACGCUCCCCCAAGGCGACAGAAGGGACAGUUUAGUCUAAAAUUUGGUAAAGUUGCGAGUAACAAACAGAGGGCGAUGGCCACCGAGUUUUCUCAGAAACAAAGAGAAGGACAAGAGGACGAAGUGUCACAGGACGCUACACUGGAUGAUCUGGACAAUUAUGAGAAUUUCGAUUCACUUAAGCGCAAUCAAAGGGCUGUCAAAGAUUUGAAUGAACUGGAAUCAUAUGAAAACUUUGCCAAACAACAAAAAAAGUCUAAAUUUGAUGGUUUGAAAGUUUCUGGUCCAUAAGUGUCGAAUAUUUAUUUCUAAAAAAUAUCUUACUUAGGCGUAAUGUUGACUUGUAUUUUGUAUGCAAAUGCCAUCUUAAAUUGUGUAACAAGACGUAAAUACUAUAUAAAUAUGAAUGUCAGUAACGUGCAAGUAAUAGUAUUGCAUUUUUCGUGAAAUUGCAGUGUAUUGCAAACACACCAAGAUAUACUUUAUAGCACACUUACCACUUGUGUACCAGAUAUACGGAAACUUUGCACAAUAUUGACUUACGCGGUAACUUUACUUAGAUAUUAAUAAAAACCAUUUAAUUAAAAAGUGUGUACCUUAUUAACACAGUGUAAGUGCAUAAAUGUAUACGUUAUUAAAAAAACUUACCAAUAAGGAAACAUGUAUAACUGUUUUGAAUAGUGUUCUACUUUUGUGUUUGCAUGCGAGCAUCUUCAAGGUAGUAUGAAAACGUUAUAAUUAAUAUUUCGAGUGUUUUAUGACCGCAACUACAGCAAUGAACGAUGCGGAAUCGUUUUGUGUAUACUGUUCAAAAUGUUUAAUAAGUGUUCGCAAGGUAGUAAGAUCAUUUCAUGCUUAUACAUGUAUGUUGUAUGAAUUCUUUAUUUUGAAUGUUUUAUGUGUUGCCAGUUUGAUAAAAUGUUUACAUUGACGUGUAUAAAAUAAUAUAUUCUAAGUAUGUUUAUUUAUUCAAUACAAGAUUAUGAAUUAUUUUGGAAUGCCAUGUGUUUAAUAUUAAACAUGUGCACUUACACUCUGAAUACCUUUAUAUUUUAAUCGAAAUAUAACAAGUAACAAUGCAUGUAUAUUCAAUAUGAAACUUUAUUGGUAGUAUUGUUGUUAAACUUCACAGUAACCAAAGUGAAGAUAUUAUUGAUCGUAUAAUGGUAAAAUAUAUAUAUGAUUUAUUCCAUUGAAAAACCAUUUUUUUGAGGGAUCAUAUUACAAUCGGAAUAUUCCCCACCCGUUGUAUCGGUAUUUAUCCGUUAAUAAACAAGUCUUUAAUCUGAAUCCUAUUUAUCAAAUAAAACUCGUCCGAUCUUGUAUGUUAGUUAGUUUACACACGACGUUAAAACUGAACGUAUAAAUCAAAUCACAACAACGUAAUUGAAAUUCGACUUAAAUCUAACAAUCAUUUUCUCGUUCAAACAACAUGGCGUAUAGAUGUAGAUUUUAUUUGCUCAUAAAGGAAUAUUCAAUGAAUGUAUUAUCCUAUUAAACUUUUGCAUAUAUCAAUGUAACAUAUAUGAUAAAACUAUAAUAAAUAUAUUUUUAACGUA